UUUCCCAGCAGGCUCUGUGGAAUGGGGGCUGUAAGUGCUUCCGGGGUCAGGAAGGUAGUGACGGCGUAGGUAACCAGGCUCUGUAGCCGUGGCAGCGGCCGUGGCAGGCUGGCUGGGUACCGGCUGCCGCUGACCCGGGAGACGCUACAUCAACCGGGGUUGCAGCGCGCUGCCGCCGCGGGGCCGGCAGCUGAACUAUGUGCUCUUCAGGGCGGGCACCGUGUUGCAUUCAUCUUUGUACCCCCAGCAUCUAGCAGUGUUGGCAUGUAGUAGGCACUCAAGAAAUGUGUGUUGAAUGAACGAUGCCUGUGACAAGCAAGCGGACUUUAUUCUUUCCUGACCCUUGCUCCUAUGACACACCUCCUCCUGACUGCCACUGUCACUCCUUCAGAGCAGAACUCCUCUAGGGAACCUGGAUGGGAAACAGCCAUGGCCAAGGACAUCCUGGGUGAAGCAGGGCUGCACUUUGAUGAACUGAACAAGCUGAGGGUGUUGGACCCAGAGGUUACCCAGCAGACCAUAGAGCUGAAGGAAGAGUGCAAAGACUUUGUGGACAAAAUUGGCCAGUUUCAGAAAAUAGUUGGUGGUUUAAUUGAGCUUGUUGAUCAACUUGCAAAAGAAGCAGAAAAUGAAAAGAUGAAGGCCAUCGGUGCUCGGAACUUGCUCAAAUCUAUAGCAAAGCAGAGAGAAGCUCAACAGCAGCAACUUCAAGCUCUAAUAGCAGAAAAGAAAAUGCAGCUAGAAAGGUAUCGGGUUGAAUAUGAAGCUUUGUGUAAAGUAGAAGCAGAACAAAAUGAAUUUAUUGACCAAUUUAUUUUUCAGAAAUGAACUGAAAAUUUCACUUUUAUAGUAGGAAGUCAAAACAAAAAAAAGCCCCUCAAAACCAAAAAAACCUCUGUAGCAUUCCGCGGCUUGACCAAUGACCUAUGUCACAAGAGGUGGCGUGUAAGGAAUGCAGCCCCCUGAAGACAGCACUACAAGUCUGGGGGAGCCAGUUUUAACAUCAGUGCACAGCUGCUGCUGGUGGCCCUGCAGUGUACGUUCUCACCUCUUAUGCUUAGUUGGAACUAAGCAGUUUGUAAACUUUCAUCCUUUUUUUUGUAAAUUCACAAAGCUUUGGAAGGAGAAGCAAUAAAUUUUUGUUUUCAAAUGG